AUGUACUCACCAUAUAUGCUUUCCAAUUUCAUAGCUCAUAGUCACUUUUGGAAUACUACAGGGGCUUCAGAGCAUUUGAAAGUGGGUCAAUUUCAUGAAAUUGAUCACUCUCAGCUAUCACCUAAUUCCCCUGUUCAACUCAACUCUAUCCGCAUUGUAAUGGUCAGUGACAAAGGGAAGAACCAAGUAUCUCUCAGGUACCCAAGUCUCCAAUCACUUCGCUCACACUUCAGCGACCAAAACUUUGGGAAGCCAGGAGGAAAGAAGACCCCUGCACUUGACGAGAAGUACGUGAUGGGUUUGGAAGCUGCCAUCAAAGUGCUCUGCAGGAGCAUCUCAACCGAGGAAUUCUCUCAGAAAAGAAACUUAUGGAACUUCUGGGUCUCUCCCUCUGUGGAGAACAUUCAAAGCAAUGACAACCCAGUUCCAGUUGACACUAAUGCUGCUGUACCCAGCUUGGUUUUGAAGCAGGGUGUGUGCUGGUCUGAGCUCAAGUCCACAGGGCUGACCCAAUGGGGUGCACGUCGUCAAGUUCGGUUCCUGGGUCGUCAUGAGGCGAUAAAGGUUGGACCUUUGUUGGAAUUUCACAAUGAAAAAGGGGUCAGUGUUGAAAACAGAGAAGGGUCCAUCAGUGAGAAGAAGAGGAAGCGAGUUGGAGAAUUGACUGAGGCUGCUGCCAUGGCAGGGUCUUCUGGAGUAGUGAGAAUGACUCGUCAAUGUGUGAAAACUCGUCAAAAUGUGAGCAAUAACAGUGGAGUUCAAAAAUCUAAGAAGGUGAAGAAUGACACCACUAAGAAGCAACUCGUGGUUCAUGGCAAAACCAAAACCAAACGAAAAAUCUCAAUUGAUAGAUGGUCUGCUGAGAGGUAUCAUUUGGCAGAGGAGAACAUGUUGAAGGUUAUGAAGGAAAAAGGAGCUGUGCAUGGAAACCCAAUAUUGAGGCCAGACCUGAGAUCAGAAGCAAGAAAGUUUAUUGGUGACACAGGUUUACUGGAUCAUUUACUGAAGCACAUGGCUGGAAAAGUGGCACCAGGAGGAGCUGAGAGAUUCCGGCGGCGACACAAUGCUGAGGGGGCAAUGGAAUAUUGGUUAGAGAGUGCUGAUCUUGUUGAUAUCAGAAAGGAAGCAGGGGUCCAAGACUCUUACUGGACUCCUCCACCUGGAUGGAAGAUUGGGGACACCCUUUCACAAGAUCAUUUUGCUGGUAGAGAACUCAGAGAGAUCAAGGAAGAAAUACUUAAAUUAAAACUAGAAAUGCGCGAGCUGGCAGCAAAGAAGGGAGAGGAAGCAUUGGCCAUUGUGACUACUCCUAGUUCCUGUUUGUCAAGUUUGAAUUGGGAGGACAAUGGACCCUUGGUCUCAAAAGAGGAGAUUUAUGUGGAGUUGCUGAACAAGAAGGCUAAAAUUGAGGAACAACUCAAGGAAAUUUCACUGACUUUGAGUGGCAUAGAGGCGCAACUGGGAAUGCUGAAGCCAACGAUGGUAGAAGAACCAAUAAUGCCAAGAUCAGUAACACCACUGGCUGAAAACCUCAGAGGAGAGACAAGGAAGGAGAAGAAAGGAGGUAAUACAAACAAAGCAACAGAAGCAGGGGAUAAGCAAAUGCAAGAAAGCAGGGGAUAUACAGCAGAGGACAAGGCAGCAAAGAUAGAAAGGCUCAAAAGGGGUUUCCAAAUCUUCAAACCACAAGGGAGCUCUGUUUGGCAACCUAUGGAUGUGGCUCCCCAGGUUCUGGCCAACCUGGAUCAACACCCUAUGGUCCCAACCCCACCAUCAGCUUCCUCUUCUACUCAGCCCCUGCCAAUGCAAUUGCCAAUACCUAAACCUUCUUCCCCUGUUAAGCCACAAGCAGAGAGGCGCCCUGUGAGCUCAGCCACUUUGACCUAUGUCACAGGACCCUUUUCCCCACAUCUUUCUGCAUCAUCAGGGACACCAGGAUCCAAAAUCACUACCACUGACCCUCAGAACUCCUCUUCCUUUAACCUUAAUGAGGCUCCUCUCUGACCUUAGAGUAAUGCUGGGAAGGUCCUCCAUACAUUUUAUUAUAUAAAAUAAACCUCACCUUAAUUUUAGUCUAUUGUUAUAGUAGAUUGAGCAACUACACAAUGCUGACAGUAAAUUGGAUGUAACAACUUUUGCGUAGUUCGUAUGAUGGUAUUACAAUUUUGAAGUUAGAUAUUGUUAUUAUGUGUAAUUAAAACUGAAAGUCAA